AUGAACCACAAUGCGCCUGUAAAGGAAGAGAGGCAGUUGCUCCAUCGUGCCCACUACCUUCCAGUGCUCAACAUCUUCUACGACUUCUUCGCCAGUCUUCCGGAGACCGGACAGCUCUUGCAGGUCCUUGAGGUCAAUGGGACGAUGAUAGCUUUGAUGUUAGGCAUGGGUUCCGAGGUCUUGCACUUGCUACAUUUCGAGGAGGCGGAAGUAUCCCGGAACCGGGACUGGGACGGUGGCUACGUCGAGUUUAGUGAGAUGAGCCAUGAUGGUUUUUCCCUUCUGUUUGCCUCCAUGAUCAUGUUCGUGCUGAUCUACCUUUACGCUGCGAUGGCCGACUUCACAGAUUCAAGAGGAAUGCGCAAUCACAGCGCGUUUACAGCCUGGUGGUCGUGGGGCCGAUUCUGCAUUUUUGCGGUCAUGCUCUAUGAGCACUACGGUGCCUGGGUUCUUGUUACAGUAUUUUAG